AUGAUUACUAGGAGUAGAUAUAUAAGUAAAAGAUUGUAUUCGACAAAUUAUCUGGCAAUACUAUUCAAUGCUCAAGAGAAUGUCAAUCAAUUGUUGGAAAGUCAGGAUCGAUCAUCCUAUAUUUUGGCGCAGUAUAUUCCAGAACCAGUCCGAAACACCUAUCUUGCUAUCCGUGCAUUCAAUUUGGAAAUCAAUAAAAUCAAUGAAGGUGGUUCGAACGUACAAUCUAGAGCUGCAAGGGCUUCUAGUCAAAUGUCAAACACUUUGGGGGUUUCAACUGCUGACUUGAAAUUCAAGUUUUGGAGUGAUUUGAUCUUGAGGGUGUUUACAGAAGAUUCUCGAAAUGAAACUGAUCUUGGUGAGCCCAUAGCAAUAUUAUUAAGAGAUGGGUUAAAACAUGAUUUUAAUUUAGAUAUUUCAUAUUUCCAACAAUUUCUUCAAACAAGACGUCAUUUCAUUAAGAAUAAUUCUAGUUUUCAAACUGUCAACGAUAUUUGUAGUUAUGGAGAAGGGACAUUUUCACAAUUGAAUUAUUUGACACAAGGAUUGUUGUUAUCACCAUCUAUUUCUCCUUCAGUUAUAAGGCUAUUGGAAUAUUCUACAGAGUUACAGUCACAAAUGAGUGAUAUUGCAGCCCAUAUUGGUCAAGCAACAGCAGUUAGCUCGAUGAUACUUGGAGUUCCCUUUUAUGCUCAAUCAAGAAACCAAAUAACAUUGCCUGUUGACCUAAUGACAUCCAGUGGGUUAUCACAAGAAUCUUUGCUUCGUUUGUUUCAAGGUCAUAUCAAGGAUUCCACUGAAGAGAAUCAAAUAAAGGAAGCAUUAAAGAAUGUGGUAUAUGAAACAGCUAUUACUGCCAAUGAUCAUAUGUUAACAGCCAAAUCGAAAUUGGAAAAGGCAAAACAAGAAAUAAUAAAGAUUGUUCAAGAACAUCCUCAAGAUCAAUUACUAAAUAAGUAUUCUAAGAAAUGGAGAAAAGGUAUUCCUGAUAGUUUGUAUGUUCCAACAAUGGCUAGUAUACCAACGUCACUUUUUUUAAACAAAUUAGAAAAAUGUAAUUUUGAUAUUUUCCAUGGAAGAUUACAAAAAGAAUGGAGAUUGCCUAUGAAGUCAUUUUAUUAUUACCACAUGCGUCUUAUGUAA